CUGCGGAGCUCUCCUGCAAACCCCCCCAUUUUACAUCGUCUUGUUCAAAACUAGACGCCACCUUUCGCAUUCCUACAGUCUUCCUUAUCGGAAGUCAUUUUUAUCUAUUUCUCAACUCUCCCGUGUGAGACGCGCACAAGUGCUUCCCUUGGCGCGUUUCUGGAUUUCCAACAACCGCAAUCAUGGCGCCUAAACAGAAAGCCCAGAAGAUGUCCAUCAGCACCUUCUUAGCUGAUGAGAACUUUGGCUCUUGGGCCGACGAGAUGGAUGACAUGCCUUUGCCUGCCCCUCCUCAGCCCAGGUUCGACAGCGAUCGCCGUGCUGGUGGCCUCUCGUCUGCUGGAUUCGGCAGUGGCUUCGGUGACCGUGAACGCGGCGGUUACGCCGUUAGGGAGCCCCUGCCCCUCCCCACUCAGCCCCCGUAUACUGCCCACGUCGGAAACUUGUCCUUUGAUGCGACUUCGGCUGAUAUCUCUGACCUCUUUGUCGACUGCGCUGUGACGAACGUUCGUAUCGUGGAGGAUAAGUUAACGAAAGCCCCUAAGGGCUUCGGAUACGUCGAAUUCGAGACAGUAGACGGCUUGAAGAAGGCUCUCGACCUCUCCGGCGCCACCCUUCAGGGAAGGGCCAUCCGGGUCAGCAUCGCAGAGCCUCCUAAGGAACGUGAUGUCAAGGAAUUCGACUGGACUCGCAAGGGCCCUCUUCCUGCCCCCGAGGCUCCGCGCCGUGUGCCUGACCGCUCCUCCUUCGGACGUAACAUGGACAACUUCUCCGAUGCUGGUAGCGAACGUACUGGUGGACGUCGCAACUUCGAAUCCGACGGCAAGUUCCGCGAUUUCGGCAACUGGGAGCGAAAGGGUCCUCUCUCUCCGACCGGCCCUGUGAGAGAAGGUGGCCGUCCUCGCACCAACGAGGGAUCCAGUUUCAGAAAGAGCUCGCCUGCCUGGGGUGAGGGACGUUCCCAGGAUGGCUCAAGGCCUCCACGACGUGAAUUCCAAGAACGGGCACCUACUGCAGCUGAAAUGGACAACGCCUGGAGAUCAAAGAUGCGUCCUGAUCAACCUAAGGAGUCUAGCAACCCUCCUUCCCCCGCUGCCGCUCCUGCAUCCCCUGCUGCCCCUACGAGGCCAAGACUGAACCUUCAAAAACGAACUGUGACCGAUGCUGUGUCUAGCCCGGCUGCGGGAACUGGAACUGGGGCCAGCCCAUUCGGUGGUGCCCGCCCGAUUGAUACUGCUGCGAGAGAGAAGGAGGUUGAGGAACGGCGCCAACUGGCAUUGAGGCAAAAGAAGGAAGCCGAUGAGAAGGCCAAGGCUGAGAAGGGCGACAAGCAGCGACCUGCCAAAGAUCAGGCUAAGGGCGAUAAGACUGGCCCAUCUGCCGAUGCUACCGGCAGAGAUACUGCCGAUACCCCUCAGGGUGCGAAGAACUUUGAGAUCCUCCGGCGGGCCGGCGAGGACGAGAGUGGCAUGGCCGCUGAUCAAGAUCAAUCAGAGGAGGCCAAGCCUGCUGCGAAGGCCGAAGCCUCAAAUGAUGCCGCCCCUAGCAAGGAAAACGGUAGCUGGAGGCGGGCUCCUGCUCAGCCAGCUGAUGCUGCUGACGAGGAGGGCUGGAGCACCGUGAGCUCGAGGCAACGUAACAACCGCCGUGGAGCCGGCCGUACGUUCGCAUAGAUCUAACGAUACCCCGAAUGCAGUCAUUGCUCGACCGAAACUUCGCAUUCCUUCCAGAGCGAAAUCCUGUUCACGAGGCUCUUCGUACGGUACCUUGUUUUUUACUGUCGCGUACGGCUAUCUCCGAGUAGCGCGUUUUCGAGGUUGCUCUGCGAACAACGUUCCUUUCAAAUGAUGAAUUUUUUGGCUAUGUUGAUGACUGU